AAUUGUAAUGAACAUUUAUAUUUAUUACAGAUGUUGUUGAUCGCAGAUGGCUGUCUUCAUGGGAUGCAAAGCGGGAGAAAUCGAACUUGGCUUCUCCAACAUUCCUCAAGAUGACAUUGAGACAGCACUUCAGAAUUUAUUUCCAGAAGAUUUCUAUAUGCGUUUCCAAUCAACUGAUCAGAAUCCAUACUCAUCGUCAUCAUCUUCUUUCAUAAUAUCAUCUACAAAUACCUUUAAUCAAUCACUCGAUGUUCCGGGAACUUCCCACUCCAACUUCCCUGAUGCCCUCGGUGUGGCUCCCUCACAACCGACUUCUCACCAACACACUAGCCAACCAUUGUCUCAAGUCAUUCCAUUUCCAAGCAAUUUACCAACACCAGAGGGUGAAUAUCAAGAAAUGGUAAGAGCAUUAAUCCGAGUCCUGUCUUCAACUUCUCAGCAGCAGCAACCCCAUCAAGUUUUGACUCAUACUUCUGUAACACACCCUGGAGCUCCCGAUUUCGUGAGAUAUGAAUCAGAUUCAAAUAUAAACCCACACACGGAGUCCAAUUUUAGCAGGCGAAACCUGCAGAAUACAUCAUUUCCAUUGCUUAAAAACUUAAAUUCAAAGAGAAUGAGAGAACGCGAUACUAUUAAACCAACCCACCCCAUUAGUUCCCAGAAGUACUAUCACACGAUAUCGGAAAGAAAACGUCGUGAAAAACUCAGUGAGUGUUUUCAGGAACUCAGCGCACUUCUUCCUCCGGGAACAAAGAAAAACAAAAGGUGGAUUCUUACAGCAGCAAAGGAGACAAUGAGAUCUUUGAUGGUUGAAAUUGAAGAGCUUAAGAUGAGAAAUGAGCAGCUGAUGAGAGUUUUGUCAGGCAAAGAAGUUGGUGGUAGUAGGGAGGAAAACAGAGGCAGGUCCUCUAAUGAAAGAUUGAAUGUUCGGGUUUUGCAUGCAUCAGAAUCAAGUUCAUCAGAAGAGCAAAUGGUGAACUUGGAAGUGACGGUGAGAGAACAAAGCAGUGAAGUUAAUGUAUUGGUUCGCAUAUUGGAAUUCUUAGAAAGGGUUCAGAACGUAACCUUGAUUUCCACGAACACAAACCUCCAUAUUACAGAAGGAGGGACAGCCAUUAAUGUAUUAACCUUCAGGCUGAGGAUUAUUAAGGGUAGUGAAUGGGACGAGGUUGGGUUCGAGGAAGCAAUAAGAAGAGUGGUUGCUGAUGUAACACAUCGUGAAUUCCACCCAUAA